AUGUACAAGGCCCCUCAAUCCCAAUAUGAUUCUAUUGAGGCUAAUGGCCAAUCUGAAAUUAUUAAUGUUCCAAUUGAUGUGGAGGAUGACGAAGAUUACAAUUUGAGUGAUUUUUUUGAAUCUGAUGAUGAUAUAGAUGAAGAUUUUGGUAUGGAGGAUGCUGGAAUCAAUAGAGCAAUUGGGGGCAAGCAGCUUGAGGGAGUUUGGAAUGGUGAAGGAGACUCAGAUCAUGGAGAUAGUGAUAAGUUAAGGAAUGCAGAAGGGUCAUCUGAUGAUGAAGGGAAUUCAAGGCCUAGAGAUGAUCAUACUUGGACAGCAAAUGCAUUGAAGGGUGCAGUGUUUAGGGACCAUGAAGUUAAUGUGACUUUGGACCAAUGUUAUAAGGCAAAGAGAAUGACCUUCAAGAUGAUACAUGGUGUUGAGGAGAAGCAGUAUGAGAGACUUUGGGACUGUGUAGCUGCUAUUAGGAAGUGGAAUGUGGGUAGCACAGUGAAGAUAGAAAUUGCAAAUGAUGUGUUUGAGAGAAUGUGUGUUUGUCUUUAUGCUAGCAAAAAGGGAUUCUUAGCAGGUUGUAGACCACUUAUUGGGAUAGAUGGUUGUCAUUUGAAGGGGACAAUAGGGGGACAGUUGUUGGUUGCUGUUGAGAAGGAUGGGAAUGAUAAUAUCUUCCCAAUUGCUUAUGCUGGAUUAGUAAAGACCUUUAAGGAUUUGAUGCCGAAUGCAGAGCACAAAUUUUGUGUUAGAUAUUUACAUGCAAAUUUCAAGAAGGAUUUUCCUGGGAAGGUACUCAAAGAUUCAAUGUGGAAUGCUACUAGGGCAGCAACAAAGAAUUCUUUUGACUUCCACAUGGAUGAGUUGAAGAAGCUAGAUGUGAAGGCAUAUGAGUGGCUUGUGAAGUUAGAUGUGAGAACAUGGAGCAGACAUGCUUUUAAUCCAAGAAGCAAGAGUGACACUCUAGUAAACAAUAUAGCAGAGUCUUUCAAUGCUUGGAUUUUGGAGGCUAAGGAUAAACUAGUGCUGACAAUGAUGGAGAUCAUAAGAGUGAUGUUGAUGCAGAGGUUGCAAACCAAAAGAGAUCAUAUGAGAAGGUAUGAGGGGAGGAUUUGUCCAAGAAUAUAUAAGAAGCUUAAGAGGAUAAAAAGUGAGGUUGGACAUUUCAUUUCUCGUUGGAAUGGAGAGUCCAAAUAUGAGGUGGAGUAUAUUUAUGGUGGAAGAUAUGUGGUGGACUUGAAUGAGAGGACUUGUGGUUGUGGGAGAUGGGGAUUGAGUGGAAUCCCAUGUUUUCAUGCUGCUGCUGCAAUAAUUGAGAAUGGAGAGCAACUUGAGACUUAUGUAGACAUUGCUCACACUAAGGAGACAUUCCUAAGUUGUUACCAAUGGAUGGUAAGCCCACUUCCAAGCCAUGAACAGUGGCCCAAAACACCCUAUGACCCAAUCAAGCCCCCAAAAUUUACAAAGAAAGUAGGCAAGCGUAAGAAGGUAAGAAAGAGAGAGGCAGGAGACACUAUUAAUGCAUUUAGGGUGAGCAAGAAAGGAACUGCCAUGAAAUGUGGGAAUUGUUUCCAAUGGGGCCAUAAUCAAAGAACUUGUAAAGCUCCUGUUAACCCCAACAAGAAGGCUUAUAAAAAGAAAAAGAAAGGGCAAUCAGGACAAUCAUCUACAUUUGGAGCUAAAGGGAGUAAAAAAUUAUCGGUAAAUUUCAAGUACUACUUUGUUGAACUUUUCCAACCUUUUUGGCUUUUUACAGGGUACUUAGCAAUCAAAUACAGAUAG